AUGGGCCGGGCCAUGAUGGCGCUGCUCCCGCCAUUUAAUUUCCUCACGCUGCACUAUGUCUAUUUUAUCGUGACAUGUCUAGUGAGCAGCAUCAUUUUCUACUUGACGUCUACACCAUGGCAGAGCGUGGCUUACGUGGAUGCGAUUUUUUUGUGUGUUAGUGCCAUGACUGGAGCUGGGUUGAACACGGUAUGCUUUUUACUUGCUAGUUUAUUUUCCGAUUUGGGGGCAAAGGUUAAUCUGGUGCAACAGGUCGAUCUAUCAACCUUAAACUCCUUCCAGCAGGUUAUCCUGUUCAUUCUGUUGAUCUUAGGAUCUCCCAUUCUCAUUUCGAGCACUGUUCUCAUAGUGCGCAAGCGGGCAUUCGAAGACAAGCUGAAACAUGUCUCGGAGGAGCGUGAGGCUUCUCGUCGUGCGUCCGCGUUGGGGUUGCAGAGCGCAACGCCGGAUGCCCUCAAUGAGCUGGACAACCGAGGCCAGCUGAAAGCUACAGUGAGCAUUCAAGAAGGCCAAGCGGAAACAUCCGCGUGCCGUCAUGUACAGACCCAAUGGGUUGAUGACGAACAAAUCACCCUCAGCGACGUCCAAGGCCGGCAUCACCACCAUCAUCGGGUCUUCCCCAUGGCUGGUGUCGGUGCCAGACCGGAUCUGAACAACCACCCUCGCGAUGUCGCGCCAUUACCACUGGACACCAGCGAGUCCUCGCGAUCUGCAUCUGCAUUCAAGGGCAUCAUCCGGGGCACGCAGAAAUACUUCUCCUCGAAGGGAUUCAUCUCGCGCAAUUCUCAAUUCUACGGCCUGACAUCCGCUGAACGCGAGGAACUCGGCGGAGUCGAGUACAAGGCUGUUUCGUUUCUCUCGGUCAUCGUCUCGCUGUACUUUGUCACGUUUCUCGUCAUUGGCAUUGUCGGUAUGGGCGGGUGGUUAGAGGCGAAUCACCCAGAAGUAUCCCGAGUCAAUGGACUCUCACCGUUCUGGACGGGUGCUUUCUUUGCAGUGUCUGCUUUUGUCAACAGCGGCAUGUCCCUUCUGGAUAAGAACAUGACCGCCCUGCAACUGAAGUACGUGCUCUGA